AUAAGAAUAAAAAAAAGGCUUUUUUGAAUCAAGUUACUGAUGAUGAUGUUUUUGUUUUUUAAUCAAAUAAUCUACAUUUUUCAAUAUCUAUCUAUCUAAUUAAUUUAUUAUUAAUGGUUGAUUUAAUUAUUAAAUGGUACUAGAUGUUACCUGCAUAAUUAGUGUCAUUUAAAUUAUCUAAGCUCUAUUCUAGGUUUACAUCCAUGUUCAACAAUUAUUUUAGUAAUUUUGGUUACCAUUCAUAAGUGUUCUGUGAUGAUCAUUACAACAGUAAUAAAAUGUCAAUGGAUACUGUUAAUAAUAAUUGGAACUCUUAUUGUUCCAAUUUGUUUAUUAAAUCAAUUAACAGAUCAUGGCAAAGAGUCUUUUAACAAUUUCAAGACAUUGAACGAUUUUUACUAUAAAAUAAAUUGGCUUGGUCCUUUGGAUAAAGUCAAAAAUGACAAAACACUUUCAAAAGUACCUAGCUCUCAAGAUGAAUCUUUAUCACUUAUAACAGCUAAUAAAGAACGUUAUCAUUGUAUUCUUCCUAAAACUAAACCUAAAAAUGUAAAAGGAAGCAAAAAAGACCGAAGUGACCGGUUGAAUCCCUUUCAGAUGCUAUUACCUCUAUUCACUCGUGAAAUUUGCUCAUUUCGCUUGGAACCAUACUGGAGUUACGAGCUUUGCCAUGGUAAAUUUAUAAGGCAAUUUCAUGACGAGAGUACCUCACAAAAGGCAUAUUCUCAAGAAUAUUACUUGGGAAAAUUUGAUCUCAGUCAAUUGAAAGAAAGUGAACUUGAAUAUGAUGAAGCAGAACAAAGUUGGCUCAAAGGAAGUAAACCAAGACCCACAGUAUUGAUAGAUGAUGUUCAAACCCCUUACAUUGAAAUUAACAUGACGGGUGGAACAGUUUGUGAUCUUAACAAUCGUCCCAGAUUCACAAGAGUUCUUUAUGUUUGCAAUAACGAAGCUAGAAAUGAACUUUCUUCAAUCAAAGAGACUUAUACUUGUGAAUAUGAAGCUAUCGUUCUUACACCUCUUCUCUGUAGCCAUCCUGAUUUCCGUACCAAUGUUAUAUCAGAGGAAUCAAUUGAUUGUUAUUCAAUCGGCAACUCUCCAAUCGAACCUAAAGGAUAUUCUGACUUUGAAGUGGAAAAUAAAAGUGAAUCGACCUCAGGAAAUCCGUCAGAUAUCGAAAGUUCCAAAAUACAAUUUGAAUUGCAUAAAUUGGAUACAACAACUGAGGAAACUUACAAGGCUGGCAGUUUCCGUGCAGUAGAGCCUUUUUAUGACUCUAAAUUAUUGCGUGAUUUUCUUGCUGGUGACUAUUGUCUUCGCGGUGGGACAGAUUGGUGGAAAUAUGAAUUCUGUUAUGGAGAUGAGGUUGAACAAUAUCAUGAAGAAAAAGGUGAAAAGAAAUCGAGAAUAUUGCUAGGUAAAUGGAACCUGGAAAACCAUAUGCAAUGGUUGGUCAAAAACCCAAACAAAAGACCGAUUAGACAUAAAACUCCAAAACAAGUUUCACAUUUUUAUGGUAAUGGUGAUGUUUGUGAUCUUACCGGAAAGCCGCGCCAAGUUGAAGUGAAAUUAAAGUGCAAAUUUGCUGGCGGUGAUCCGGAAACUGUCGCCUUAUAUUUAAUGGAACCAAAACCUUGUGAAUAUAUUUUAGGAAUUGAAUCACCAUUGAUUUGUCACCUAUUGAGUACGAUCGAUGAAAACGGAAUAAUGAACCAUCCAGAUGAUUAAUUUGAAAUAUUUUUGGUAUUAAAAUUCAUAAAUAAAGCAAAAAUUUUGUAUCCAAA